AUGCUGUUUUCGGUCGUGACUUCCCUCCUCCCUGCGCUCGCGCUGGCCAUGAUACCACCCACCCAGCGCGCUGCGGGCGGACUAAGCGUUAAAGUCUCCGUCCCCAAGAGCGACCUCGCCUCCACCGAAUCGUUCGUUCUUACUGCGGCGGUGACGAACAACGGCGCGGAAAGCCUGAAGGUCCUUAAAUACGGAACUAUCCUCGACGGAAAGCUUCCGACGCGCUCGUUCACCGUGACGAGGGGCGACGUUGUUGUUCCUUUCAAGGGUGUGAAGCUUUCCGUCUCGCUCGCGGACGCGGACGAGAGCGCUUUCGUGACGAUCCCGGCGGGCGAAACUGUUACAGUCACUCACGACGUCUCUGCUCUUUAUGACUUCGCAUCGCUUGGUGCCGGCGCGUUCACCUUUGCGCCGAUCUCCUCCUUCCAGAUCGCUCAGGCGAGAAAGGCCAUCACGCGUCGCUCCGAACUCCAGCUCGUGGAGUUUGAGGCUGAGCCGGUCACUAUCACCGUCAGUGGCGCUAUCUCUAACCGCGCGCUGCCGCAGCGCCGGGCCGUCAACAUCUGCAAAACAUCGAGCCGCAAGUCUUUCAUCAAUGCUAGUCUCACCGAAGCGAAGGAGCUCGCCGCAACUGCAGCCUCCUACAUCUCAUCGCAGAGCUCAUCCCGCCGUUCCAACUCAAGCGACAGUCUCUACACUAGCUACUUCGGGAAGAACCCCUCCUCGCGUGUUAUCUCUAUCUUCAACGCUGUCAAGAACGAAAAGAGCACCACCCGCAAGCUGAGCUGUGUCGACACCCAUGAUGCCUGCGAUGGCAAUGUCAUUGCGUACACUCUUAUUGCCACGACCGAUAUCUACUUCUGCGACAUUUUCUUCAAGGAAGUCGCCCACUCCAACCUCUGCAAGGGAACCACGGUUGCCUCACGCAGCGUUCGCGGCGGCACUACCCUUCACGAGUUCACUCACGCGCUGUCCAAAACUGUCGAUGUGAGCUAUGGGUGUGAGAAUGACCAGGCGCUGUCCGACGCACAGAAGAUCCGCAAUGCCGACAACUUCAACUGCUUCGCUACUCAGGUCUAUGCUGACACCGCAUGCUCGGCGGGGGGUCCUCAGGACCCGGAAGACCCGGAGGACCUGGCAGACCCGGAAUUCGGAGAAGACGUGUAA